CCACGAUGGCGGACUGAGCGCCAGUGACUUUUCGGAGAAGUUUCGAAUUGACGACCUUAUAGCCAUAUAUAUACCUCAAUAUUGACCUCUUUUUAAAAAAUCAACGUAACCGAAGUUGAGUUUGUAUAAAUGAAGCGUUAUCUGAAGUGAAGAUUGAAGAAGAUGGACGACUACUGCUAUGCUAAGAUGGCGACGUCGGCUAAAAGAGAACAUGAAAGAGAAUCAGAAACUUCCAGCAAAUCACCAACGGAGACAAAGACGAAAGAUGAAGAUGAAGACGCUGUGCAGCUGAUUGAUCAUCCAGAAGAACUUCCCCCUCAGUCGGCAGGAGGGAGCUCCACUUUGAAGCAGGAGACUCCACAACCACCCCACAUUAAAAAGGAAGAGGAUGAACUCUGGAUCACUCAGGAGGGAGAGUGUCUUCUAGGACGAGAGGAGGCUGAUCUCACUAAGUUGCCACUGACUGUUGUCUCUGUGAAGACUGAAGAUGAUGAAGAGAAACCACAAGCAGACAACCUCUUAGCUCCACUAUCAGAUAGUGAGGCUGAAGAUGAGGUUGAAGUAACUUUGAGCAGCGAUACAGACUGUGAAGGUGAUAUGAGGACUCACACUGACAACAAACACUCUGAAUGCUCUAAAAAGAUAAGAGGUAAAAAACAUUUCAGCUGCUCAGUUUGUGCGAAAACCUUUACUAAAAAAAGCAAUCUGACUUAUCACACGAGAACACACACAGGAGAAAAACCAUUUGGCUGUCCAGUUUGCGGUAAAGGCUUUUCUAUAAAGUGCAACUUGACUGCACACAUUAGAACACACACAGAAGAAAAAACAUUUGGUUGUUCAGUUUGUGGCAAAUACUUUUCCCAGAAGACUUAUUUGAGUCAACACAUGAGAACACAUGCAGGGGAAAAAUCAUUGAAUUCAGUUGACAAAGAACACUUUGAAUGCUUUGAAAAUAAGCGAGGCAAACGUUUGAGCUGCUCAGUUUGUGCAAAACAUUUUAUUAACAAGAGAAACUGGACUCAACACAUGAGAACACACACAGGAGAAAAACCAUUUAUUUGUUCGGUUUGUGGCAGAGGCUUUGCUGUGAAGGGUAACUUGACUCAACACAUGAGAACACACACGGGAGAAAAACUAUUUAGUUGUUCGGUCUGUGGCAAAAGCUUUUCUCUGAAGAGUAGUUUGACUGACCACAUGAUAACACACACAGGAGAAAAGCUAUUCAGUUGUUCGGUUUGUGGUAAAAGCUUUUCUCUGAAGGGUAACUUGACUCAACACAUGAGAACACACACGGGAGAAAAACUAUUUAGUUGUUCGGUUUGUGGUAAAGACUUUUCUCUGAAGAGUAGUUUGACUGAACACAUGAGAACACACACCGGAGAAAAACCAUUUAAUUGUUUGGUCUGUGGCAAAUACUUUUCCCAAAGGGGUAAUUUGAUUCCACACAUGACUACACAUACAGGUGCAAAACCAUUUAACUGUUCAGUUUGUUGCAAGAGCUUUUCACAGAAGGGUAAUUUGACUCAACACAUGACAACACACACACACGAAAAACCAUUUAUCUGUUUAGUAUGUGGUAAAGGCUUUUCUCAAAAGAAAAAUAUGACUAAACACAAGAGAACACACUCAGAAGAAAACAUCACUUAGGUGUGCGGUGAAAGACGCAGCAAGACACUGAAGAACACGCACGGCUCAGCUGUUUAGGAUAUGUUCCCUCCUCAAAUAUAUUCCACUGCUUCUUUCCCAAAUAUUCAAUGUCUUUGUACAAAGUGGGAUUAUCUGGAGCAUAAUUUUAUCUCCCCGUGUCUUCUGCGUAACUGAAACUUUCCUGAAUUGUGUGAUAGACGAUGCUUGUAGUGCUUGGUUGCUCCUUCUGCAGACUAGACAGAUGACUCCAGAUAAGGAGGAAUUGUAGUCUUUUUCAGUGAUGCUUUUACCACCUCAGGAAUGUCUGACUAUGAACACCAACAACAUGGUAAAUGGGUUAUACUUGUAUAGCGCUUUUCUACCUUUUUUUUUGAAGGAUCUCCAAACACUAUUUCCACAUUCACCCAUUCACACACUGAUGGCGGGAGCUGCCAUGCAAGGCGCUAACCAGGACCCAUCAGGAACAAGGGUGAAGUGUCUUGCUCAAGGACACAAGGGACAUGACUAGGAUGGUAGAAGGUGGGGAUUGAACCAGUAACCCUCAGAUUACUGGCACGGCCACUCUCCCAACUUCGCCACCACGCCGAAUCGAUCUGCCUGAAACUACACCUUCCCGUUUUGUUUCUACCGACCACCAUCAGAUGAGGGCUCAGUGUACGUUUGUUGGUAAUAUUUGAACAUGUGACAUCACAAGUAGACAGAGUGGAUACCCCUCAAAUUACCCCUGCCUUUAAAUGUUGGAUCAUAGACAAAUUACGUUAUAGACAUUUGAAAGUAUGAAGUACUACGGUUAGAAAGAUGGUUGGUUCACAGCACACCUACCGUAUUUUUCGGAGUAUAAGUCGCACCGGAGUAUAAGUCGCACCUGCCGAAAAUGCAAAAUAAAGAAGGAAAAAAACAUAUAUAAAUCGCACUGGAGCCCGGCCAAACUAUGAAAAAAACUGCGACUUAUAGUCCGAAAAAUACGGUACAUAUUGUAGCCACGGUGAGAAGAAUAUAGGUGGGUGUCAGACUUUACUGAUGUCUACCCAAACUGGACUUGAGUAGCCCUGACCAUAUAUGGCACAGUCUUAAUGGGACUUCUAGAGGUGUGUUCUUACUCUGCCAUGUGUGCUUGUCCGUAUGCAGCUUUAGCAAAAACUAUAUGAUAAGGCAGAAACGUUUUCCAAUCAGUGCCCCAUUUUGUUCUUAAUCUGUGCUCUGUUAUCUUUCUUUUUGUGAUGUUAUUGACGACUUUUAUGUUGCUCUUACCCUGCCGUAUAUUAUUUCUCAAAUUUGGGAGGAAAUGUGUUAGAUCAAGUGGAAUACUUAUAAUAUAAGCCAGAGCUGUGCAAAUAUUUUGACUCGGGGGGCCACAUUGAGAGAAAAAAUGUGUCUGGGGUGGGCCAAUGUGUAUGUGUGUAUGAAUGAUAUAUACACAUUUAGAUGUCAAAAUAUGCUGUACAGUAUGUGUGUUUUGCAUCCCUUUUUUUCAGGAACACUAAUACCAAAAGUCACAAUGUCCGAUGGAAUUCUAAAAAAGUUAUGACAGACCACCUUAAAACAACGGAAUGGAAUUUUACUUUUUUUUUUGACUGAAUGGGACACCCAAAAUGUACAUGAAAAUAAAGAAAGAGGCAUUUCCAAUAUUAACUAUGAACAAUAAAACACUGAAUAUUAACGACAUAUGGACGUCGCUCCUCUUUUACUUCUCAGAGCAGCUCCUCGAUAG